UCAGGAUUCUUCAAGGGCACGUCUGCUGACCAGGACAGACGUUUCUCUGACAAAGAGAUAAAACUGCUCAAAUCCAUGAAAUUCCCACCAGAGUUUGACAAGAAGGUCGAUAUGCGCAAAGUCAACUUGACCGUUAUCAGACCUUGGAUUGCUAAAAAGGUUACUGAACUUGUAGGUUUUGAAGACGAAGUGGUAGUCGAGUAUGCUAUGGGUCUCCUUGAAGAUCAACAAGAGCCGACACCUGAUCCUAAGAAGAUGCAGAUAAACCUGACCGGAUUUUUGACCAAAGAUACUCCGGCUUUCAUGACUGCGCUAUGGAACCUUUUGCUCGAAGCCCAGUCAGAUGUUACUGGUGUACCCCGAACAUUCGUCGAAGAGAAGAAAGCAGAGAUGAGGAAGGCUCGAGAGAACGACACCCGAGUCAUCGACGAACGAGACCGCCGAGCUAGGUUAGAUGACAUCCGAGAUGGUGACCGCGGCGGUCGUGGUCGUGGAAGGGGCAGAGGUCGUGGAAGAGGACGUGGUGGAUACGACGAUAGUGGUCGGUCGCGUGAUCAAGGCUGGGGUGGCCGUGGUGGUGGGCCAGGUGGAGUGAGUAUCAUUUCUGCCGGUUGUUUUAUAUGA